AUGAAUGAAACAUUCCAAGAUAAUCACUUAUCUAAUUCAAUACAAAAUAAAAUGAAUCCAUAUGGUAAACAAUACACUUCAAAGGAUACAUGUAAACAGUUGAAUAUUACCAUGAAUAAUAAUAAUCAAUUAAUGAAACAAACACGAACAUUUCUAUCGAAACCAUAUCACCAAGAAAGUCAAUUCAUCAGAAACAAUCAACCAUAUUUUAAACAAACGAAUGAACAAGAACAAUAUGAUCAUAUUAAUACUCAUUAUUAUUAUGAUGAUGAUGAAGAUGAGGAGGAGGAGGAGGAUCAUCAGUUUUAUCCAAGUAGUAAUUGUCAAAAUGAACAAUGGAAUGAUACAAUCGAUCAUGAUUGUCAUAAGUCAAAUAUAACAGAAGUACAUUUAGAAAAAGAAAAAGAAGAAGAAGAAGAAGAACAGUUACUAAGGGAUUUAUUUUUCAUAAGUAAUUAACUAUUUAUAUAAAAAAAACAAAGAAAACAAUUUCGAUUAGGAACAACAUAUGUGUGUAUGUUUUCUUUUAUUCUUUCUGUUUCCAAUACUUAUUGAAUAAUAAGAAGAAGAAAAAACAAAGAAAAUGAUUAUGAUAAUUUUUCCAUUUGAUUUGUAAAUUAUAAGUCAAAUUAUAUCAUACGAUUAAAAUGUAACAACAAUAAACAGUGUGAAGCCAUGAUCAGUGGUAUCCUGUUAAGUUCGAUCGUCUCUGAUUGUUGUGCUGGAAAAGAGCCACUGAUCACUUAUACUCGGAACGAGGGACCCCUGCAAUUCCCACGAUGCGAAAGUAAGAACACAAGACUAGUAUAAGUGAUGAUUUAUUAGCCCCAAAACACGACGACGAACGAUGAUCAAAAUAGUCUAAA